AUGGAACAACACUCGGGCGGGGUUGUGCCAGACGUGGCGGAUAGGAUAAGUAAUUGUCGUCACGAGAUUUCGGUUUGGAGGAAGGAUAAUCAACCAUAUGGACGACAAAAAAUAGCAGAGUUACAGCGGGCACUGGAGGAGAUCCAGGAUUAUGAUAAUAGUACUCAAGACGAACUCAUCGACAUAACCAAUAAGUUAAAGGAAGCAUAUAGAGACGAGGAGGAAUAUUGGAACAAAAAAAGUAGGAACUUGUGGCUGAAAGACGGGGAUUUAAAUACUAAAUUCUUUCAAGCAGAGGAGGGCACUUAA